GAGGCGGCGAGGUGGGGAAUGUCGCCGGCGCAAAGGUGGUAGGCCUGGCGGGAACGGGCGGACUGAAUGGAAUCGGAAUCCGGGUCUCCGGUUGGGUUGGGUUUCCGUGGCCGUGUUUCGGAAAGGGCCCUCGGGGGCUAGGAGGAGCGCGGGAAGGGCGCGCGGGGGAUGGAACAUUGAGGGGCACCCUGCCUGGCCUGGCGCGCCGCUCCGGGGACCGCUGCGGCCGAGGGGCGGGCUCGCGGCUUUGGAAGUGUCUCCGAGGAGUCGAGUGGCUGUGAAGGUUCCUCUAGGGCCCUUGGGCCCUUCCAGGCCGCUCCUGGGAAACGUCCCACCGCCGGGGAAGCUGCGACGGGAUGCACAGGAGAUAGCAGACGUCCCCCGGAGUGUGAGCCCAGACGCCUUUGGACUACCCGCAGGUCGCUAAAGUUGCCAUUGCUCGGGAGGAACACGGGCAUGCCCCUGCGUCCACGACCCCAGAUGCACUUGGCGUUUUAACAAGAGCUGGCUAGGCACCCCAGGAAGACAGAUGAGCGCCACAGCCUCCUUCCUCCCCAGGCACGUGAAGGCGCUGAAAACCAAGAAAGGAUUGAAAGGUUCCAUUGAUGAUGUCCUUGAUGACCUCCUGGGCGAUGACCCCCCGCUUGAGAAGCCCGUUGAGCCAGCCUCACGUACCAAAGACACAGCAGGCGCACCUCAGUGGCCCCCUUCCAAGGCUAAAGCAAGGUCCCUCCCAAAAGACAAUGUUGACAGGCUGCUGGGAGCUGAUGCUGAGGUCUCCAGUAUCUCGGAUGCGGACCCACAGGUCUUCUUGCAGAACAUGAAGGACCUGGACAGCAUGGAUGAUGAUCUCUUUGGUCGAAUGAAGUCUCAUCCACCCUCUGGCAAAGGAACUGCAAAGGGUUCUGGGAAGGAGGUGCCUAGCAAUCCUCAGCCUGCUGGCACAUCAACAGGGGACACCAUUCCCACUAAGAAGUCACCUCCUCCUCCUUCCAGCAACUUUGGGCUUCAGUACAAGAAGUUUUCCUUCGAAGACUUUGAAGACCCUCUGGCGGGACUUCUCUCAGAUGAGGAAGAAACAGCCAAGAAGCCACCCACAAUGGAGAGUAAACCUGCUUCUAAGGGCCCCAGCACAGCUGCAGGCCACCAAGGGCCUUCCGUUCCUCUGACUCCCGGAGAUACUCCCAUCCGGAAGAAAGAAUUGCUGUUUGACGAAAGUGACGACAUCAUGACCACCCUGGGUUUUGAAGACAGUCCCAAGGCAGAGAAGAACACCGGAGACCUGGAAGGGCCCCUCCCUGCUCGCUCCAAGCUGGAUGAACUCCUGGGUCGAGGCACAGCUGCCAAGCUCCUUACUCGCCCAGGCACUGGGGAACGCAGAGAGUUCAAGCUAGACAAGAAAUAUCAGAAGCCAGAGGACAAAGAAGACAGCUGGGAUGACGAGAUCCUCACCUUUGGGGCUUACCAGCCCACUGUACCCUCGUCUGAGGGCAGACGGUCCCGCCGGCAGUCAGUCAGCAGGUUCUUGGGAGAAGGUGGCUCAGACCUUAAGGUAGAAGCCGGCUUCAGACGGAGCCCUCCACCAGCUUCCAGCCCCACCCACCACAGGAAAGGAGGAGCUGACUGGCUAGGCCUCAAGGACGAUGACCUGGACCUGCUGUCUCCCUCUCCUGUUCAAAAGGUUCAACAAGAAGACUCAGCCAUCUCCACACCCUCUCUGCCCGCUCCUACAAACCAGCACUCAGCCCCAGAGCCACACCCUGCCCCAGCUGAAGUGCCCUCAGCAGCCAAGCCAGCAGCCACGGGUUCGAGGCCCUCUACCAAAGCCAGCCAGGUCUCACUGAAAGCCUCUGAGGAGAAAGAGGAUGACUGGCUGAGCCAUGUCAUAUCCCAGAAGAAAUCCCACGGUCUAGCCAGAGAGGAGCGUGCGGCGUCCUCUAAGGGCCUGAGCUCACGUGAAUCAUUGGGUCAGACCCCUGCUAGCAGCCAACCUGUUGCUAGCACUCAGGCCCUUGAGCAAGCCACUGUUGGAGAAGCCUCAAGAGCAACUCCACAAGGGAUGGCAGCUGGCAGGCCUGGUGUCACAGGGUUCUCCGUGAAUUGCAGCCAAGCCACUGCUGUCCUCCCUGUCGGUGACCCCAAGGCAGAAAUGGCCUCCGCCGCUGGGGACUUCUCUAGCAGAGAGCCUGCAGUUUAUGGUCCACGCUCCCAGGAACCCACGGGGCUCUCUGUGCCGGUCCAGCCUCUGCUCCCAGAGUCUGUGGUGCAGAGCCUGCUGCCAGGCUCCGGAUACCAGAAGCAACUCCUGGCCGCCCAAGAGCAGCUUCAAGGCAGCACUGCCCAGCUUCAGGCUGAGCUGCUGCAAAGCCAGACCAAGCUGUCCGAGCUGGAGGCCCAGGUGCGGAAGUUGGAGCUGGAGCGGACCCAGCACAGGAUGCUGCUGGAGAGUUUGCAGCGGCGGCACCAGGCCGACCUGGAGCUCAUUGAAGAUGCGCACAGAAGCCGCAUCAAGGUGCUAGAAACAUCCUACCGGCAGCGGGAGGAGCAGCUCCUCAGGGAGAAGGAGGUGCUAUCUGCUCAGCACACGUCCUACUGCCGGGAAGCGGAGCAGGCCCGGGCUGAGCUCAUAGCCCAGCACCAGCGGCACUUGGCCUUGGCUGCCCAGGAGAAGGACCAGGAGGUGGCACGGCUCCGAGAGCUGCAGCAGGCAUCCAUCCUGGAGAUGCGCAAGGACCAUGAGCUUCAACUACAGAGGUUGAAGAAGCUGAAGGACCAAGAGAUCGAUGCUGUCACCAGUGCCACCUCCCAUACUCGGACCCUGAACGGCAUCAUUGAGCAGAUGGAGAGGUUUUCCAGCAGCUUGAAUGUGCUGUCCUCCCGUGUGGAGGCCUCAUACCUCACCACCUCACAGGAGCGAGAGUUGGGGAUCCGGCAACAAGACGAGCACUGGCGAGCUCUGCAGGAGCGACUAGGCUGGCAGCAGCGAGACAUGGAGGAAGAGCGUGGCCGGCUCCAGGAGGUCAUUGGGAAGAUGGAGGUGCGCCUGAGUGAACAGAGCCGGCUCCUGGAACAGGAGCGCUGGCAGGUGGCCUCUGAGAAGUCCAAGGCGGAGUCUGCCCAGCGCACCCUGGAGGACCAGAGGAGGCUUAUGGUCCAGCAGAUCUCCAUGGAGAGGGAGGAGCUGGAGAAAGCCAAGAGCGCCUUGCUGGAGGAGCAGAAGUCAGUCAUGAGCAAGUGUGGGGAGGAGCGCCGGCGCCUGGCAGCAGAGUGGGCCGAGUACUUCACACAGCAGAAGCUGAGUAAGGAACGGGCCGAGCGCGAGGCUGAGAGGGCGCUGCACGCAGACUCCCAGCUGGAGGGCACCAUCAUCAGCCUGACCAAGGAGCAGGCAGAGCUGACGGUUAGGGCCUGUGAGCUUCGAGCCAAAGAGGAGAAGUUGGCUGCUGAGAGGGAGGCUUUGGAGAGAGAGCGCCAGGAGCUUCGACUGGAGAAGGACAGGCUGCACAAAGCCAGCCUGCGCCUCCAGGCCCGCGUACAGGAGGUGGAGCACAUGAGCAAGGUGGCCUCCAAGAAGUACGAGGAGGGGGAGCAGGCCCUGCAGGAGGCCCAGCAGAUGCAGUCUGAGCAGCAGGGCCGGCUGCAGGCAGUUCAGCGGCAGCAGGAAUGGCUGAGGCAGCAGGAGCAGCAUGUGCACCAGGAGCAUCUAAGCCUGGCUCAGCAGAGACUGCAGUUGCACCGUGUGCGACAGGAAGUGCCUUCCGGCCUUCUAGGGCUGCCCUCCACAGUUGAGCACCCAGCAGGGUCCAGCCUGGAUGCCGUCCAGGCCGCUGCUCCCACCAGUCCUCACUGCAGCCAGACACCUGCUGCCCCGGUGCCCACACACCUUCUCGCCAAGCUGCUGCUGCUGAAGCACACAGCCGCACAGGACCACGACUUCUUGGAGAAUGAACAGUUCUUCCUGGAAACGCUGAAGAAAGCACCCUACAACAUGGCAUACCACUCUGCCUGAAAGGACCAGAGCCUCCUCGGCAAUCAUCUGGGCCUAGAGCUCUCGCCCACUGCUGACGCUCCCCGUUCCCUGGGAGAGGCUCCUAGGGUGGUGGCAACUACCCAGGGUCUGAUUACAACUGCUUGUGUGGACAGGGUAUCUGUGUGUUCUUCCCAAGGACUGUGACCUGCAGCUGAGAGGCAGGUGCCUUCCUCUAAGGAGCAAUGACAGCAAGGAAGUCUCACCCCCAGUCGCCCGCUGCUGUCCCCUAGUAAGGCCCUAGCUCAUCACCCCUCGAAUAGGGCAGCCACUGGAGACCUUUAUUCCUGGGUUUAUCUCAGGGCAGCGGGGUGGAACACCAUCAGCAGCCUCUGCUUCCCCUGACGACGAUCCCCUCCCAGAUGGGAACAGGGAGCUGAGUGGGAGGCCUGGCCAAGGACAAGGAUGGCGUUGUGCUGGAGGGUACCAUGCCCAGACAGACGGCUUCUCUAAUUGGAUGUUUCUGGGGUUCAUUCAGACUUCAUCCCCACUCUCAGACUUACACUUCCCCAUCAUUGCUUCCAGUGACCAGCUAACUCACCCUGACGCCAGCUUCCUCCCCAUGCAAGUGCCCAGAGACCACGGAGGUGCAUGGAGAAGCAGUGGGGGGGGAGGGGGUGGUUCAAGAGCAGGAGCUCUGCCUGGAGAUGAGGGGACACUCAACCAAGCUACUGCUGCUCCUCCAGGCUCCAGUGUGCUGAGACCCUGUAGCAGGAGACUGGCAGGGGAGGGAAGUGAUCCAGCCGACCUGGGACAGACAGAAGGACUCAGAAAUGCAGUUGCUUCUACAGCAGCUUCCAUUCUGGGCCUCUUGCUUUCCACCUGAGAGGGUGUGGCCACAGGAGUGAGGGUGGGGCCACAGGAGCAGUGGGCAGAGGAGGAACACGAGGGGUUGAGGCAGAGUCUGCCUCUGCUCUCAAAGGAACCUAAUUCUCCAGCCAACAAUGUGCACUUGGUCUUGGACCCAUUAAACUGCUAUAUUCUUUGGG